AGCAGCCGAGCGACAGGCAGGGGAGGUCAGGUGGCUGGUCCUUCCAUGUGAGACGCCAUGGUGUCCCGGGGCCGGGCCCGCCUGGGCCCCCAGUACGUGGGCCUCUGGGACUUCACGGCCCGGACACACGAGGAGCUAAGCUUCCGGGCUGGCGACCUCUUCCACGUGGCCCGGAAGGAGGAGGAGUGGUGGUGGGCCACACUGCUGGACGCAGAGGGCGGGGCCCUGGCGGAAGGCUACGUGCCCCACAACUACCUGGCCGAGAGGGAGACGGUGGAGUCUGAGCCGUGGUUCUUCGGCUGCAUCUCCCGCUUGGAAGCCUUGCACCGACUGCAGGCGGACGGCACGGAGCCAGGGGCCUUCCUGAUCAGGGUCAGCGAGAAGCCGGGCGCCGACUAUGUCCUCUCAGUGCGGGACAGGCAGGCCGUGCGGCACUACAGGAUCUGGAGGUGUGCUGGCCGGCUGCACCUCAGCGAAGCCGUGUCCUUCCCCAGCCUGGCCCAGCUCGUGGGCCACCACCAGGCACACAGCCUGUCCAAAGGCCUGAGGCUGACUGUGCCCUGCUGGAAGCACGAGCGGGAGCCCCUGCCCCUCUGUGCCGACUGGGAGCGGCCCCGGGAGGAGUUCACGCUCUGCAGGAAGCUGGGGGCCGGCUACUUCGGGGAGGUCUUCGAGGGGCUCUGGAAAGGCCAGGUCCGCGUGGCCAUUAAGGUGAUUGCCCGAGACGACCUCCUGCACCAGCACACGUUCCAGUCGGAGAUCCAGGCCAUGAAGAAGCUUCGGCACAAGCACAUCCUGGCGCUGUAUGCGGUGGCGUCCGUGGGGGACCCCGUGUACAUCAUCACCGAGCUCAUGGCGAAGGGGAGCCUGCUGGAGCUCCUGCGGGCGUCUGAUGAGAAAGCCCUGCCUGUCGUGGAGCUGGUGGACAUUGCCUCCCAGGUGGCCGAAGGCAUGUGCUACCUGGAGUCGCAGAAUUAUAUCCACCGGGACCUGGCUGCCAGGAACAUCCUCGUGGGAGAGAACAACAUUUGCAAAGUGGGGGAUUUCGGGCUGGCCAGGCUCAUCAAGGAGGACAUCUACCUUUCCCACGACCGCAAAAUCCCCUACAAGUGGACCGCCCCAGAGGCGCUGUCCCGAGGGCACUACUCCAUCAAAUCCGACGUCUGGUCCUUCGGGGUUCUCCUCCAUGAGAUUUUCAGCAGGGGCCAGACGCCCUAUCCAGGCAUGUCCAACCACGAGGCCUUCGUGAGAGUGGACUCUGGCUACCGCAUGCCCUGCCCCCCCGAGUGCCCGCCCAGUGCCCACAGGCUGAUGCUCGCAUGCUGGCACCGGAGCCCUGAGCGGAGGCCCUGCUUCCGAGCCCUGCGGGAGCAGCUCUGCAGCUUCACCAGCUACGAGAACCCAACCUGAGUGCUGAGUGCGGUCCUCCCCACCCACUGCCCAGAGGGGGCAAAGGCACGGCAGCGCCUAGAUCCAGACUGUAUACUCGGGGCAGGAAGCUGCGCCAGCCACCAGGGCGCCCUGCCCUGGGCAGAGAUGCUCUCUGCUGCCUGGAGCCGAGACUGCCUCUUCUGAGACACCAGCACCAGAAACAUGCCAGGCCCUCCCACCUGCCUCGCCGUGGAGCCGUGCAGGAGUGGGGAGCGGAGCUGUGCCUGGCACUGACCCAGUCCACCAGCCGUCAGGACCAGUGCUUGGCCCUCCAGCCAGUACAUGGUGGAAACGUGGGUCCUGGCUGUGCCCUCCUUUUGCCAUCUGGCCCUUGCCUGCCCCGACUCGAGGCUGGGAAGACACCUGAGCACUCAAACAGGCUCUGCUGGUGGUUGGGUGCUGCCACCUACCAUCCCAGGGCCAGGUGGCUGCCCCAGUCUCCCUGCCACUGUUACCAGGAGCUGCCUCUGAAGGCUCUGGGGCCUGGUCUGGACACUAUGGCCAGAAAGAUGGGGUGGGGCACUUGCCCAUCCAGCUUUGGGACCACAGGAGAGCCUGGGUAAGCGCCCCCAGUGGCCUUGGAAUAGACUCAUGCAGCUAUCUAUAGCACAGGGUGGGAGGGGAGGGGGAGGGAGAGGAGGGCUCCCUCAGCGGCCAGCUGAGUCCCACCUCACACCAUGCCCCCACCCACUAAGCUGCCCUCUCCUGGCCAACAGAUGUGGGUCAUUCUGUUGGCCACUGGAGACCUGUGGACACCAGGCAGGCAGACAGAUUGCACAACCACCCUUCCCAGCUCCCUGAGCUGGACUUCGCCCAAAGCUGGGCUGCCUGUGGUGAGAACACCCCCCUCCCCCACCCUUAGCUAUAAGUGCCUGGGGCCAUGGCCCGACCCCUCCUGGGCUGGGAGGGCCCUGCUCAGUGUCCUACAGGAGCUAGCGGUGGCACUUAUGGGACGUCACCUGGCAGACAGUGUGGCUCAGUGCUUGUUCCAUACCAGUUGGUAGGGACAACCUUGGCCUGUCCCUACCCCUCCCUCCCUGGUAUCGAGGGGCCUCAUGUCUUUCAAGGGGCACCAGGUCCCUCUAGCUGACAGCUCCAAAACCCAUAGACUCCCAGAGGCCAAGGGGCAGGGGCUGAGUGACCUAGUAGACAUGACCUCAGGGUUACACCUAUCACGGACCACCCACUCGCCCAGGUACAAGGCUCCACACUCAUCACAGCAGCUCA